AUGGGAAGUGAUAAACUUACAUCUGAGCAAAUCGAGGAGUUUAAAGAAGCUUUCUCGAUCUUCGACAAGGACGGAGAUGGAAAGAUUUCUGCUUCUGAACUCGGUACCGUGAUGAGAGCGUUGGGACAGAACCCUACGCAACAGGAGUUGAACGAUCUUGUCAAUGAGAUUGAUACAAACGGUAACUCUACCAUUGAGUUUUCCGAGUUCCUUACCAUGAUGGCUAGACAGAUUAAGGAGCAAGAUGUGGAAGAGGAAAUUUUGGAGGCAUUUAAAGUGUUCGACAGUGAUGGAGAUGGAAAGAUAUCUCAGACCGAGUUAGUUAGAGUUUUAACCACUAUUGGUGAGAAAUUGACGGACGAAGAGGCCCAGCAGAUGCUUCAGGCCGCAGAUACUGAUGCAGAUGGACAGAUUGAUAUUGAAGAGUUUGCCAAGGUUCUUCGUGGAAAAUAA